AUGGACGAUGCGAUACCACACUCCGGUUUGCCUGAUACAGACACAACGGUACCCAAACCCCAAGAUGGACACAGUAUGGACGAAGCACUCGAGCUGAUUGGGUUUGGUAAGGUGCAGAUCGUCUUGUCGAUCCUGUCCGGAGUCAGCAUGAUGACGGUGGUGAAUGAAGCGGUUGGCAUGAGUAUCGUGCUGCCUGUGGCUCAGUGUGAUCUACAUUUUAGUGCCUGGGAAAAAGGUAUUAUCGGUGGAUCAAUGCUGCUUGGAAUUAUGUUUUCAUCGUUCUGUUGGGGCUUUCUAUCGGAUACGAGAGGACGUCAGCUGGUCUUAAAGUAUACAUUGUUCGCGACCUCGUUCUUUGGUGCGAUCUCAUCCUUAGCGACUGGCUUCAUAUCGCUGGUGGUGCUUCGCUUUCUUACCGGAGUUUUUGUGGCUGCACCGGCCUCUACGGUGUAUGCUUACCUCGGGGAGUUUACCACACCUAGUAGACGCAGUCAAACACUAUCUUUUGCUUCCGUUAUGGGAGGUGUCGGGAUAGUGUAUGUGUCAUUGGUUGAUUGGUUGAUACUGUCUUACAACUGGUCAUUUGUUGUCUGUGAUUUUUUUGAGUUUAAAGCAUGGCGGUUACUGUUCAUCAUCAACACUCUGCCCGCCUUUCUGAACGGUAUCGCCUUCUGCUUUUGUCCCGAGAGCCCCAAGUUCCUAGUGUCACGUGGACGAAGCAAAGAAGCUCUAGAAAUACUAAAGAAAGUAUACAAGGCAAACAAGGGCACGGACAAUGCGGAUGGAUAUGAGGUGACAUCACGUAGAAGGAACAACGGUUUGUGCUGUACUGCAGCGAAACGGAACACAAGGAAUCGAAGUGGAGGUAUGCAAUGA